CGCAGUAGUCUAGCGGGGAGGGACUUUAACGGGUCUCGCUUCUUUAAAAGUAGAUUUAUUUCUUUACGGGCACACAAACUAUCACUUUUGAGGGACACAUUCACUCGUGGAGCGACAUCAGAAGACCCAAACAUGGGAAGAGCGAAUGUGUGGCUGAAACGGACUUUCAUUGUCGUGAUAAGUCUGAUCGCGAUAAUCAGUUUGUUGCUGCUGGGAUUCAGUCUUUUUAGCCAUGGACACUUACACCAACAGGAAGAGGCAGAACGCGAGAUUGCAGUCAUACAUGUUAUGUAUGUUAUUGCUGCGGUAAUUAUUCUCUUGACCAUCUUUGGCGCAAUCGGUGUCUGGAAAGAGAUACGGUGGGCUCUAAUAGUGUAUGCAGUUGGAAUGAUUCUGAGUAGUCUACUCAUGUUGGGGCUUAAUAUUCAAGGACUGGCUUCACAAUCUCAGGUACGUCAAGAUGUGAAGAAGCAGUACCUGAACCUUUUACCCCUGGUUAAUGCUACUGAAUUCCUCGAUGAUAUACAGACAGAAUUGGAGUGUUGCGGACUGGAGAGCUACCGGGACUGGAAGUUCAACAUCCCAAAUUCCUGCCUAUGCACCGACAAGUCCACUAAUCCAUGUGUGGCGGCUCCUAGAAACAGCAGCCUCUUUAACAGCCAGAUGGGUGACGAGCCUAUUAUGAUUUAUGAAAAGGGAUGCCUUCCAUACUUCAUCGAGAUCAUAAUGAGUCUGAUUAGGAUUGUGUUGGGCGUAACACUGGGAGUCAUGUUAUUGUGGAUAUUGUCAGCAGUAUUGUGUAUAGCCAUCUUGUGCCAGCUCGAUCGGAAGAAAGACACCCCCGCAGUGGUCUACAGUGCAGAGGCAAAAGCAGGCAACUACACCACCCUCGCAGAGGUUUCAGACCACUCCUGAUUUCUUUGUUUCUGAUUCAGCAUGUUAAGCAAAGCUAAGACAAACCUCGGAAGCAAUGGGAUUAAUAGAAGACGUUGUGAUGAUUGGAUAUAUUGACUAUAUCAUACCAUGUAAGUGUAUUUUGAACUUCUUUGUUAAGGGUAUUUUCUAUUCACUAUGUAAUCCCUAAUGAGCUGUAAAUUUGGGCUGUGCCACAAAAAACAGAACUGUGAAAGACUAUGUUCCUUUUUUGAUAAAUAUUUCUAUCCAGUAUAACCAAGAGGGAUAUGAUAAGUGACAGAGUGUGUUAACUGCUUUGCGCCUUUUAGCUCUGUGUUUGGAGACUGGUGGUAAUUCUGCACCAACAUGGAGCGUAAUCUAGUACCUCUGAUCUGUGAUUUUUAGCACCGGCAAGCAAGAAAAUAAGUAAAAAUUCAGAGUUUAAAGCUAAUGUGCUCAGUAAAAAAGCACUUAUGAGUAGUACGGGUGAAUUAAAGCUUAACUGAUAUUUUGUAGUUUGGUAGCUUUUCAUUUUUCUUUAACUCUGACUUUUUUUUUCCAUUCAAAGCUUUUUAAUACUCUCAUAUUUGAUAAGACUGGUAUUCAGUAUAAGAUGCCUUUUUUCAUUGCUCCGUAUCGUUUAGAUCAGCUGCUAAAGAAAAAAAAAUCCUUCAAUCCAGUUUCUUCCUUAUCCUUGCUGUGGCACAUCCCACAUCCUUUAUCCACUGCAUAAAUGGUAAAUGGCCUGUAUUUGUAUAGCGCUUUACUUGUCCCUAAGGACCCCAAAGCGCUAAUAAAUGAAAGGACAAAAGGAAAAUAUACAGCUUACAGUUUACACCUAUAACUGUGUAAACCACAGUUAAUGUAUUGAUUCUUGUUCCCCAGGUUUGUGGGAACAUUUUAGAAAAAUUCGAAAGACUGUUUUUCAUUGUGUAAUAAAACAUUUUAUAUUCCCUUCAUAUAGCUUGGUUUUGUUUUGUUUUAUAAACUUAAAUUUGACAUAAAAUCAAGUGACAUGAUGAAACCAGUAAUGAUUUAUCAAGUUAUGCAGCCCUUAGGUUACAAGCCCACUUCUUAAUGGCUACAGCUUUCAUAAACUAACAAUACUAAUUACUAAAUAACUAAUUAAGUAAAAUGAUCACUCAAUUUUGACCUGUUCCACAGAAUUUUUUAAAAGACAUUUUACAAUUAGAAGUCAUCUAAAAAUUAUUGAUAUGAUGGCACUGAUUAAACUAAAAAAGUCUCUACACUAUUUUUUUAAAAAGCCCCCUCUGAUGUUUCAUAUGUCUUUGUGUAUUUGUUGCAACACAUCUGUUUUAUAUAUCUUAAGAAAACCUUUUGUAGUGACGAUUCCAUUGUUUAUCCAAACAAACAUUCAACAAUUUAAAAUCCACAAGCCACUGCUGCACUGUGGUGAUAUUUUACACACAGGCAAAAAAAAAAAAAAAGUCCAAUGUCCAAAACUUGAACAUGGCAUUUUAUGGUUAAUUUAUUGAGUUUGGCAAGCAAUAAACAAAAAUACGUUUUUACUGUUUCCUGUUGCUUCUGCUCUCGUAAAAAAGAAAUAGGUCAAUCCCAGUGCAUGCUAGUCCUAUACUAGUCCUAGUACUUACAGAAAAUGGCCCUACAGUUCAUCCUGGCUGACUUACAAAGAUAAACAAAUUUCAAAAUAAUAAAAAUAAAGAAUAAAUGGCUCCAACACUCUGGCCCCUAAUUGUGCAUACAAUCACAGUUACUUCAAAAUUCUUUAAAAAAGGAGCUAUUCCCUCUGGCAUGUCCUUAAUCUUCAAUGAUGAUGUUACUUCUUCAAGAGGAUGCUUCCAGUAGCAAAAGAAGUGUUGCCACUGGCCUUUCCAAAACACAGGUCUCUGUAGCAUCUGCAAUCAAGACAAUAUGUCCAGGUAUAAGACAUCUUUUAGUCCCCUGCUAUUUUUGUCUUUCUUGCAUCAGAGGUAUGUCUUUAGAAAGCCAUCUUUUCCAGAACAGCUUUGCCAUGUACUGUACCCAUUUCCACCUUUUCCUAGCAUGAAGAUCACAUUGAUCAAACACUCCUGGUGGCAAAAUUGGUUUGUUUUACAGCAGCAACAAAUAAUUGGGUGCGAGUGCUUCAAGAUCAUUGAGUCACUGCAAACUCUGGUAAAGGCUCUGUCGUUCAAUAUAGCUUCAGCUUCACAGAGGACUGUUUGGAGGCCUUCAUCUUCCAAAGCUUGUUUUUUGAGAACUGAGACUAAAAUACUCCUUAUGGAACGAAUGAGAUGCUCCCACACAUCACUUUGGUGAGAUGCUGCCGGGACAUUAACGUCCCAUUUGAUGCCAUCCUGAAUAAAAGCGUUUUGAAUUUUAGCAUAGUUCAGCUCAGCCAAGCUCUCUUUCAGCUCUCAAUUUGCACCAACAAAAUUUUUAGCAUUAUCAGAUCUGAUGGACGAAACUGGGCCUUGUCUAUAGAUGAACCUCCAGACAGCAUUUGUACAGCAGUCUUUACUGAGUGUUUAUGCAAUUUCCAGAUGUACUGCACGACUGGUCAAACAAAGAAUAAGAACCCCAUACCUUUUAAAGAGACUUUGUCCUUAUAGACCACUCCAACAUUUGUGAACGGAGCCAUGUCUGGCAGGACUCUCUCUGUGCCAUCUUUUGUUCAACAAACUUUUCUUUGUUGCGUGUACACAUGAUACAACAAGAGAUUAUUUUCUUGGCAGCCGAAUUUGCAUUUACUAUCCAGUCUUUUUGUCUUAGUUUUGACAGGAUGUACGCUCUUCCUACAUGUGCCAAGUUUUGACGGAAAUGCCGUAAAAUCAAUGUUAACACAUUUAUUCCCCUGCAUCCAAUGCUGGGUCGAGCUUGUAGGGAGAACUUCCCCUUGGAACCUGCUUUGAGGCCAUUGCUUAUUAAAGCCAUUUCAGUUUUACAUUUCUGUUGUUGUGCAUGCUGAAUAACAGCUUGUUCUGCUUUGGCCAAAUCUUCUUGAGUCAGAUUUUCCCAUUCUUGUUUCCAUUUCUUUCUUUUGACUUUCCAGAUCAUUUUCAUUCAGAUCUGCAACAACAAACUCUUUCCUCUUUUGUCCCAGCAACACCAAGGUCUCUUUCAGCUUUAAAACCAGGCUACUGAGAUUUGAAGUUUUGUCCAAGAUGAGAAGUAAUGAAUCAGACAGUUUGUAGCAUCUUGUGAUUCCUUCACAAAAAAUGCUCACUGUCAGGUCCUUUGUGACCUCUGGGUCAUUUGCAGGAAUUGCACUGUGAUCCACAUCCAUUUUAGGCCAUUCCUCUGACUUCUGGCCUAUUUAUUCAUCUCCUACAUUUGAGAAAAUCCUCAGCUUUCAUGCCUCUGGAUGCGUCGUCUGCAUGGUUCUCCUUAGAGGAAACAUAUCUCCACUUAUUCACAUCUGUUGCUUCUUGAACAACAUAAAUUCUAUUUGCAGCUAAGGUAUUAAAUCUUCUGGCUUCCUUGGAGAUGUAUUUCAGUACUGUUGUGCUAUCAGUUCAAAAAACAGAUUUUUCAAACUUUUCCUGCAACUCUUUUUGCAGAAGUUAGUUCACUCAAACUGCAAGAACUGAAGCUGUCAAUUCCAGCCUGGAAAUUGUAGUUUGCUUAAAAGAAGCAACUCUAGCUUUUCCCAGGUUAAAGGCAGCAUUUGAGAUGUUAUUCUUUUCCAGUUUUAAAUAUGACACUAUCCCAUAACCAUCUGGACUUGCAUCAGAAAAAUGAUGAAGUUGUGCUUUAUCUGGUCUUCCAGUGGAACUUGGUUUAAGAAAGCAUUCCACUGAAUCAGCUGGAGCUCCUCCACCCAAUCACGCCCCCGCUUAGAGGGAGAGUGGGGAAUAACUUCGUCCCACUUCAAAUUUUGUCAACAAAAGUUCUUGUAGCAACAGUUUAGCUGGCAUACUGAAAGCAGACAAAAUUCCCAAAGGAUCAUGCAGUGAGCCGAUCACAGACAAAAUGCCCCUUCUACUUGGUGGACGAUCCUGCGGAGAGUUUCUGAACUUGAACUAACCCAGUGCUCUCUCAAUUGGAAAUUGAUCCAAAUCCAGACCCUUGAUUUCCUUUGCUCUUCUUUCCUUUGGGAUUGAGAUGUGCACUGUGUGACUGUUGCUGAUCCAUUUUGAAAGCUCCUCCUUUAAUGCAGAUAUCAGCCUCUGCAGCAUGCGCACUGCCUCUUCUUGUGAAGCAACAGAUUUUAAACAGUCAUCCACAUAAAUGUUCCUUCUCACAGUAUCCAUCCGUAGUGUGGUUAUUUUAAAUAUAAGAGAAAGAGAAAACUCUAAGAAUAUAAUAAUUAUAAUUAACAAUAAUUAAUAUAGCCAAUACCGCCACCAAGAGAUACCAGCUUUUGAAGCUGGACAGCACAGCCCUGUUUUAAAUACAGUCAGAACAACAACACCGGGCUGCUUGUCAACAAUUUAGACGUGGAUGCAAGAUGACAUGGAGCAUGUUAUAGUUUCCUUUUUAAUAUGAUGGACUGAACACAGGCGGUAUCUGCUUUUGUCUAUGCAAAGGUGAAUCUAUUUCUAUCUGUCUCUACUGUUUCAAGGUUUAACUGAAGUGUGCUCAACUGUAACUGUCAGGAUAUGUUUAUCCCAGCUCUCAUAGGGCAAUGAAAUUAAACUGACUUAUGAAAUGUUCUUUGAUUAGGUACACAUUGUGAAGUUCAUCAUUUUCUUACAAAUAAAACUAUAAUGACAAACUCACA